GAAAAUGUUUCUUGUUACCAAUUGAAAAUAACAACUUCGUAAGCAUACUAUAUAUCUAGCUGCCACCAUCAUAUAAUCAACCACCACCUCAUUCUUCCAUCAUUUCUCCAACUCCAACUCCAAACCACCACCUCCACCGUCAGUGACCACCGGCCCUUUUCUUUGUUUUCACCUCCAAGCCAUAAAAGCUCUGCUCAUUGAACUGAAAGGAAUCCUGCAAACUUCCUGUUCUGGGUUUUUCUUUAUCUUUUUUGUUCUUUCCUUUCCUCGAUCUUUGGUCAAUCUCUGAGUCACAUCUAUGGAUUCUAGCCGUACAUCUUCAACGUGAACCAAUCGUCAGCAUCAUUAAUUUCCCGAAUACCAGUUUUUCCCCAUACUAAUUAUAAAAUAGAGUUAAGACCUUCCUGUCUCAUUUCAGUUUAGUUAAUAAAAAAAGAAAAUCUGUUUUGUGGUUUUGAAAGAUGGGAAAUUGUCAAGCUGCAGAAGCAGCAACAGUUGUUAUUCAACACCCAGGAAACAAGAUCGAGAGGAUUUACUGGUCUGUUAGUGCUCAUCAAAUCAUGAACUCGAAUCCAGGUCAUUAUGUUGCAAUGGUAGUUCCAUCUCCAACAACGAAAACAGAAAAUGGUUUGCCAGUAAAGCAGCUAAAGCUUCUUCGACCUGAUGAUACUCUACUUAUUGGUCAAGUCUACAGACUCAUAAGCUUUGAAGAUGUGUUGAAAGAGUUUGCUUCAAAGAAAUGUGUUAAACUCGGGAAGCUGUUAAAACAGAGAGGAGGGCUUGGAGUUGGAGUUGAAAUGAAGAGAAGCAAGUGCUCCAGCGCCCUAACCUUGAAUCCAAAUCCCAAUUCUGUUUCUAAAUCUGAAAACUUCAGCUCUCAUGUUAAGGUGGAGCAGGAGGUUAACCGAUUAGCAAGCAAUGGUGGCAGUACCAGCAGCAGCGGCAGCAGAGGAGGAGUUGGCAGGCAUUAUGGUGGUGUUGGUGGUGGUGGUGGUGGUGGGCAAUGGAAACCAGCCUUACAGAGCAUUUCAGAGAUUGGAACUUGAGAAACAAACACUAGUAUACUAUCAGCUCAGUACUGCUAGUGCAACUAGUUUCAACUUCUCCUUUUCUUGAAUAAAAACAACAAAGAAACACAUGCCUAUCCUUUUCUCACUUUUCAUUACAUUUUUAUUCUCUUCUGUUUUUCUUCUCUCUUUAUUACUUUUUAGAACAUGGAUGCACACUGUAAUCAGCUCUAACUAGACUUAGCUUUAGCAGCUUAAUUAGCUACUAGCUAGGGCACUUUUGUUAUUCUAUAUAUGUAACUCAGUUCAUACACUUGGAAGAUGAUUAAAUUAACCCUUUUGCAAUGAUUGUAAUUAACUAA